CACGCUUCUUGUGUAAAAUUAUUUCAAUGAAAGUACAAUAUAGACAAUAGUCUUUCAAGAUGAACAAUGUUAACAAAAAUUUUCUCCAGUCCAAACACUGUGAGGUAGCCUGGUAACUAAUCGCCAUAUUGUUUCGCAAUUUUAUAACAAUAUCAACAUUGAGUUUUAUUAAGCGUAUAUACUGUGGUAUAUAAAUGUUUUAUAAACUUAAUUCACUCACUGGUCGCUUACGUGUUGACGAACCUUUUACUGCUUAUCAGCCGCAGGCAUUAACGGAACUUAAACAAGACAUUCCUCGUCCAGUCAUGGCUUCUUCUGCCUCGACGGGAACUUUUUCGAUCGUCAAUCGAGCAAGUAACAUUUUACAGAAUCAAAAAUUCUUCCAGGGGGGUGCUUUGCCUGUGUAUCUACUAGGUGGUUCUCGAGAUAAGAUGGUGUAUAAUGUUGCUAUGGGUUUAUCUGUCAUUGGUAUUGGCAUAACCCUAGGUACCAUAUAUGGAAUGGCCACUGGAAAACUAAAAAAAUCUUCUUGAUGUCCUAACUAAAUGACAUUGAUUUUGGAGAGUUUUGAAUGAUGAAGUUAAGAAAUUCAUAUUUUGUAUUUAUUCAAUAGUAAUUGUAUGAGUAUUUUCCCGGUUGAUUGUAAUUCUUCACUUUCAAUCAAUGUUGCUUUUGAGACAUUGAUGACUUAUGUAUUAUAUAAAUUUAUUUCUUUGCA